AUGGUUGUCACGCAUUCACAAAUGCAUGGAAAUGCAUGCUUGAUUCGGUGCGACGGCUGCCUUAUGAAUAUAUCUUCUAUCAUGUGGAUCCAGUGCGUACAGUGCCAUAUAGACAUAUGCCCUCUCUGCGUUGUCCAGAGGGCGCAGAUUCGCACACACGAGUACACGCACAGGUAUCGGGUAAUAAAAAGUCUUUCUUUUGAAGUAGACUCGCUGGGAUGGCAGAUGAUAGAGGAGAAUUUAUUUAUAGAUGGCCUGAUUGUGCACGGAAUCGGAAACUGGGCAGACAUUUCGGCGUACAUAGGCCAGAAAACGCCUUCUGAAGUGAAGGAGCACUUUUCCCGCGUAUUCAACCAGCCGAACUGCGAGGCUCUGGAGGGCGAGGCUGUGCAGAACGUGCAAAGCCUCCCGCUCUCGCAGGAAAUAUCGGGCUACAUGCCGCUGCGGCAGGACUUUGAGGUCGAGUACAUGAACGACGCGGAGCUCGCAAUAAAGGAAAUUUCCUUCUCCAAAACAGACACGUCCCUCGAAAAAGAAACCAAAGAAAUCCUCCUGGAGUCGUACAGAAACACCCUGCUGCAGAGAAAGCUGUUCCGAACCUUGAUUUUUGACAAAGGCCUUCUGUCUGCAAAGCAGCACAUGCAGAAGGAGAAGCUUAUGUGCUCGGCGGGGAAAGAACUUCUGGCAAAGAUAAAGCCUCUUUUGAAGAUGCUUCCCAAAGAGGAGUAUUUGGCCUUUUUCCAGGGCCUGUACCUGGAGCAGCAGAUCCGGAUGAAGGUGUCGGGCAUGUCGCACAGAGGCCAGGACCACUCCAGAGGCGCAGAAAGCUUUGCCAUGAAAAAGCUGGGAGGGCUUUCUCCAGAAGAUGCAGCGGCGCACUAUCUGUCUGAAAACGAGCAUGCGUUUUGCAACAUGGUUUCGAUCCCGCCCACUGCGUAUUAUUACUUGAAGGAGGCUGCCAUUUUGUGCGGGACUGUGACCGAGGCGGAGAGAAAGCACAUGCUAAAGGGCUUCCAGGGCCUCUCGGAGCAGAAGCUCAACCAAGUGCUGAGCUACUUAAUGAAAAACAAGUGGAUAGAGCUUCCUGCUGCAUGA